AAUAAUUAUAACAUUCAUUUUAAUAUUAUAUAAUAUUUUACCGUCGACAGUGUUUUGCAAAUUUCAGUAAGUGAUACGAGCGACAUUAUAAUCGUACCACAAAGCUAUAAAUCAUACACGUGCACCAUAUCAUAUAGCGUAUUAAUAUUAUUUUUAGUUUUUAAAUUAUUAUUAUUAUAUAAUACGCCUUUUAUACUAUUUUACGCGUCACUCUACGGUGUUUUGGGCGAAUAAAGCAUAAUAUACAAUAACACACAAUGAGCUACACCAUUGACACGAAUUUGGCCGCCAGCCAGGUUCCCGACGGCUUUCUGUCCGAUACUUCCGACUUCUUGUGCGCACUUUUCGACCGGCCCAAAAAGGUGAUCAUGGGACAACUGCGAUCAGGACAGGAGUUCGACUUUUCCGGUUCGACCGACCAUUGUGUCGUCAUGAACCUGACCAGAGGAUCGCUGCGGCCAAAUUCGACGACGGACGAAGAGGCUAUCGAACGGUACGUGGCGGCCAUCAGCGAAUACCUGCAAAACGCGCUUGGAGUUCCUAAGUCCAGAAUUAUGAUUUUUUACUAUGAACACGACAUGGCGCUGAUCGGCAACAACGGAAGAACUUUGAAACGUAUUUGGUCCGAAAUCGGCACGUUUCCUUCGGAUUGAAAUGCAGACGACCGUGGCCAUCGAUUGCAGUUUUAAUAUUAUGAAUAAUAAUGAUAUAUAACACAAAAACCAAUAUAAAUUAUCAACACCAAUAUAAUGUACCGAGUUUUUCAUAUUUUAUUCGAUCUAUUUGGUACAAAAUUACAGACCUAUAGACAUAAUAAUAAUAAUAAUAAUAAUAAUAAUAAUAAUAAUAAUAAUAAUAUUUAUGUAAAUAUAUAUAUUUUUAUAAACACAUACACAUACGUAUAUGAUGUAUGUCCAUAUAAUAUAUAAAUAUAUAUAUAUACUCGAUGUGCAUUUAACUUUGAAUACAACACUGAUAAAUAAAAUUGUUCUUAAAUUCAAAUUAUUAUAAUUAAGCACCGCUCGUUAGAUCCUUUUGAAACAAACAAAGUGGUACACACUAAACGGCCGUAGUGUAUUGUUAUAUAAUAUUAUGUAAUCAGGACGUGUGUUAUCAACAGAUGCAAAAGAUGAUAUUGUAAUAAUAUUGACAAUAACUAAGGCUCGCGAAAGAUAUUCUCCGUAAUUUAAAUGGUAUAUAUAUAUAUAUAUAUUAUACAUAUAUUAUUAUGGUAAUAUAUGUAUAUGUAUCUAUUAUAAUAUUUUUACACGUAAUAUAGGAAGAGACGUAUAUUAUUUACACGUUUAGUAUUUAUUAUUAAUUAUAUAUUAUAUAUAUAUUUUUUUUUAUAAAAAAAAGUAAAUAGGAAUUUGGACAAAAAUCGGGGACCCUGAAUUACCAAGCUUAUAUAAAAUAGACAGUCAAUAGACAAACGUGGUUUUUAGAAAAAAGAAUAUUAAAUAAACUUAAAAAGGGUGAUGGAGGGGUGGGGAGGGUAAUACAAUUUGUACAAAUAUUUGGCGAAAAAUUGACUAGUCGUUUAAAUUAUAAAAUGAAUACAUACUAAUAAUUAUUAUAUUCAAAAAGUGUAUACAUAUAUAUAUAUAAAUAAUAUUAUAUAAUAUUAUACACGUUUGAAAAUACAAAGAAAGGUAACAUUAUAUUUGCAAGUAUACCUAAAUAGUAAAUAAUAAAUAAAAUACUAUCGGAAGAGAAAUGCAAGUGAAUUGACAAAUGGAAUCUGCAAAUAUAAUAUAUUAUACUUUGAAUCUGUAAGAAUAGAACGGAAAAUGUAUGAACCCAACUGAAGAAAAGUAACGUGUACGCACUCUUGUGGCAGACGACAGAAAAUCACAGCCUUAAUCGAAAGUCUUCAGAGACGUCUAUUAUUAGCGUGUGUCGUAUAAUACAGACAAUAGAUAACAAAAUUGUUAAAAUAUUAUGUAAAAAUUAUAACGAUGGUAAAAAAGUUAAAACGUUAUAAUAUAGAUUACGUUAUAUUAUAGAUUUCUUCGAUUUCGACUUGGCAACAUUUUAAUCAUCUGAGUUAUUUUACCAUUGAUUCAUACAAAACACAUUUUAAAACUGAAUUAAAUCCCAAGUUUUUUAAAUUACAAUUUCAAUAGAAUUAUAUUUUGAUUUCAGAUUUUUUUUAAAUACCAAACUAUGAAAUUAAAUAAGAUUGAAAUAUGCUUGGAAAUGAUAAAAAUGUCAACGAAAGUUUUAUAUAUUUUUUUUUUAUAAUAACUUAAAUUAUAAAUAAAAAAAAAAUAUUUAUGUAUAUAAAAAAGAUCAAAGCCAAAAUUCCGUUGGUUACAAUAUGAUCAGCAAAUCAAUCGUUACUUCUUCACUUGAUAUUUUAGUCAGGUUAGGUUCAUUUUCAGGGAUAAACAUUUGUUUGUAUUACUUAAAAUUAUAUGUCCGAAAGAUAUACGAUUAAUAAUAUAACUAUUAAUUAUGACAAUAGUUAAUUGUAUAUAUUCUUAUUUAUAACAUCAUUUCUUUUUAUUAAACAGCUAUAACAUCAAUAAAUAUUAAAAUAAUGACUAAACAAGAAAGAUAAUUAUUUGAAAAAUCAAAAGAAGAAUAACUACGAAAACGGUAUUCAAUAAUAAUAAAAAAAAAAAAAAAAAAAAACAAA